AAUAUUCUUAUAAUUAGUUGAUAACUACGUAAAAAACGUACGUAACACGUACGUAUAAGUGAUUUCUUAUACGAUUAGUACAAAAUAGGCUAUUUUGAUAUAGCAGUUGUUACUUUAGACAGCAUAACUUAUACAGAAAAUUGCCAAAUUGCUCUAACAUUAGAUUUAUUUCCACGUUUAGUCCUAGUCGCGGCUCCAGUCGCUCUCGCUAUUCUCGAGCAGAUCAACAUGCACCAGCGCACCCUCCUACCAUUGUCGUAUCGCCCAUGCCACGAAGAUCGGUGUUUAGAGACGCUGCGGCCGUGGCAGGGGGCGUCACUGUCGGUACUACUAUGGGACAUCUAGCAGGAGAAGCCAUAUCGAGCAUGUUUACUGGUCGGCGACGUGAAGAAGUUGAGGAAGCACUACCUAGGAACUACCAUCUGGGUACAGAGCCUAGCGGACCAUGUGCUUAUGAGAUCGCUCAAUUCUUACAAUGCGCUACAAGCAGAGAUAAUUUGCAAGAAUGUGAGGCUUUUAACGAGGCCCUCAGAGAAUGCAAACGUCGAAAUCGUUUACCAUGAAACAGUAAAGACGGCUACACAAGUUUUAAUGAAAAUUUAUUAAAUACAAAAUAUGUAAAAUA